UAGUGAAUGCGUCAUUCCCUUUUGGAAAUUCCCAGACAAUGUUUGUAAUGAACGCAUCUCGACUACGUUCACAGUGAAGGAAGUGUGCGCUUUCGUCAUGCCAGCUAACCAACAUGCCUUGCAAGAAAAGCUCUAAGAAUGAAAGACAGUUCCAGUCAUGGGUGACCAUAACAUCAAGUAAAGAGCAGCCAUGACGAACGAAGUCCCUAUGGACGGGGCGACCGGCUGCAUAGGGCGUCCGCAGCCUCCAUCAGUGCAGGACGCGGAGAUGAAGAAAGUGCUCAGUACACAAGCUUGUCAGGUUCUUGCUGAAUUGCGCAAAACUGGGGAGCUGUGUGAUGCCAUCAUUAAGGUAGACGACUGGUCAUUUCCCAUUCAUCGAAACAUCCUGUCCGCAUGUAGCCCAUACUUCCGUGCACUGUUCACCAACUCCAGGUUUGACCAAAACACACAAGAAAUUCGUAUUUCAGGAGUCAGCCCGGACAGCAUGGCAGCCAUCAUUGAUUACGCAUAUACUCGGCAUGUAAAGUUAAGUUGGAACAACAUAGAAGAACUGCUGCCUGCUGCUGAUCGGUUUCUUGUUUCCGGUUUGGUGAAACCAUGCUGCGAGUUUCUCAAAAAGAACAUCAGCCCAGAGAACUGUAUUGGAAUCCGCAACUUUGCUCAGACCUACUCGUGUCGUGACCUGGAAAAAGAGUCUCACAAUUUUGUGCUCAGAAGAUUUCAAGAUGUGGCCACCACAAGCCAAGAGUUUUUGGAAAUGCCUAUUGAUCAACUUUGUGAAAUACUGGACUCCGACUAUCUUAACGUCAGAAAUGAGGAAAUGGUGUUUGAUGCGGUUGUGAGAUGGAUCGACCACAGUCCGGACACGAGGAAACAGGAGAUGGCCAGACUCUUGAUGUGCAUCAGGUUGGGAAUCAUCACCACCAGAACAUUUAUUGAAAAGGUGAAACCCCACAGAUAUGUCAAGGAGUGUGAGGCAGCUAAGUCGAUAGUCGUGGAAGCAUUGCGCCUGCUCUGUGACCUCGACUGGGACGAUCAGCGCACCACCGACCCUUCCAACCGCAUGUCCCGCCCGCGUGUACCACAUGAGCUCCUGUUUGUGGUGGGAGGCUGGAGCGGGGGUACGCCCACCAACUUGGUUGAGGUCUACGAUACAAAGGCGGACUCCUGGGUGGUCUCCAAACACCAUGACGUUGGUGCUAGGGCUUACCACGGAUGUGUGACCAUUGACCACUGUAUAUUCGUUAUUGGCGGAUUCGAUGGUGUUGAGUACUUCAACAGUUGCCGUGUCUUCAACGCUGUGACGAAAAUCUGGUCUGAAAUGGCACCUAUGAAUUCGAAAAGAUGUUAUGUCAGCGUUGCUGAACUGGAAGGUUUAAUCUAUGCCAUGGGAGGAUUCGAUGGACAACUUCGGCUCCACUCAGUUGAGCGAUUCAAUAGGCAAACAAAUCAAUGGAGCUUUAUACAGUCUAUGAACCACCAGCGAAGUGAUGCAAGGGCGACAACUAUGGGCGGCAGAAUCUACAUUUGUGGUGGUUUUAACGGUCAGGAGUGUCUAAAUACAGUCGAGUAUUAUGAUCCAACAACAGCACAGUGGACACUGAUCAGUCCAAUGAGAAACAGACGCAGUGGAGUUGGUGUCAUUGCUUACAAUGGUAUGAUCUACGCUCUGGGAGGAUUCAAUGGGAUCACCCGAAUGAACACCGGAGAGCGUUACUGUCCAGUAAAAAAGACAUGGUCCACCAUUCCAGAAAUGUAUAGCCCUAGGAGUAACUUUGCAAUAGAGGUAAUCGACGAAAUGGUUUUUGUCAUCGGUGGUUUCAACGGCGUGACGACCAUCUUCAAUGUGGAAUGUUACGACUCCAAAGCGGAUGAGUGGUACGAUGCUCAUGAUCUUAGUCUCUACCGUAGCGCGUUGAGCGCAUGCGUAGUGCGUGGUCUUCCCAAUGUGCUUGAAUACAUCCACAGCGAGCCGUAGAGCCCAAACAAGAGAUCAAGUUGCUUUCCCGGUCCUCCUCGGUGCUAUCCUUGGCAACAACAUCAACAGUGUCCGCUAACAGUUUCAAUCCGUGCUGGUGAUAUCAUUUCCGGGGGAUGAGCUUGGGGUGGGAGCAUGAGGACAUACUAUGUCGGAGAGCUGGUGCAUUGGGUUCCAAUGACAGACGGGAUAACAAAUAAAAUAACUACAGAAACUGUGCAGUUCUCGGAACAAACAGCUUAACACAAAGAUGGAAAAAAAAAGAGUAUUUAACUUCUGAGACAUCCACGUAAAACUAUCAUUCAACAAUAAUAUAGAAUAUAUGUAUUGACAACAUUAAGCUAAAUUUAACAGUGUUAAUAUCUGGGUUUAUUUAAGCACAAUGAUUUAAGUGCAAGCGGAGCAGUUUUCGGUUGGCAUUUUAAAUUAAUUUCAAUGAUUGUCGUAAAAGUAUUGCACGGAACGAUACACUUUUUUUUAAAUCAGAAAACUCCGUAGUAAACAUCGCCAUAAUGACUUCAUGAUAGUACGUCAGGUGUCCUUGACCUGAUAGAUCAUUUUCUCAAAUAAAAAGAUUGUUAUCAACAUGUAUACGCAUGAAUGAAA